CCUAUCAUUGCACAACAACUAUUCGAAAGGAGCACGGCUUGUUUCAAAUUCAAAUUAAAUCGAAUCCACGAUGAUUUCUUUGAGAGUAUUGGCAUCUGUAGUGCUUUUAGCAACUAGCUCAUCGGCUUUUCAAUUGUCGAGAGCGAAGGGAUCGGCAUCGAUGACGUUGGCUGCUGCACCAUCACCCUUCAUGAUGCCAGACGAGCCCGAAAAGGAGCCCGCGAAGAAACCACCUCCGCCUCGUAGACAGCCUCCGUUGCCCACAGUUACCGGAGAGUCGGGUCAAUUGGAUGUCGUUUCCCGGCUCCUCAAAGACCGUAUUUUGUUGUUGGGGACAGAUGUGAACGAUGAAAUGGCCAAUGUACUUGUCGCUCAGCUUCUAUACCUGGCGAAUGAAGAUCCCGACAAGGAUAUUACGGUGUACAUCAACUCGCCCGGAGGAUCAGUCAGUGCAGGACUAGCCAUUUAUGAUACCAUGCAAUUCAUACCGUGCGAUGUCCAAACUGUUUGCUUCGGCAUGGCUGCCAGUAUGGGAGCAUUUCUACUUGGCGCUGGAACGAAAGGCAAGCGCAAGUCCUUGCCCAAUGCCCGUAUUAUGAUCCACCAACCUCUUGGAGGAGCACAGGGUCAGGCUGCAGAUAUCGAAAUUCAGUAAGUUUAUCCCCUCGAUGCAUUGGCUCGAUUUAUCGCAUUUAUUUUUGAAUUGGAGUAGCGUCAGACGAAAUUUCACAAAAACGUUCGCUUACCCAUCAAUACCCUAUUUCCCCCGCCAAACAUCAAUUUUAUCUGAUACAGGGCCAAAGAAAUUUUGUUCACCAAAGCUUCUCUCAACAAAUUCAUGGCCGACUAUUGCGACCAACCCGUAGAAAAGAUUGCCGAAGAUACCGAUCGCGAUUUCUUCAUGACCCCUUACGAGGCCUUGGACUAUGGUUUGAUCGACGAAGUUAUCCAAACAAAAACUAGCCAUAUCCCUCUCCCUGCGAUGCCUAGUCUAAGAAGCUAAGACUAUAGAUCUUGAUUGUAUCUUUAUUAUGAUUUGCAAACUAGUUUAGGUCUAGGGAAAUGGUUC